AACACAGAAAACAGGAGAUUGAAUCAUUUUCAAGAGUUGGAAAACGUUUUGCAACGUCCUUCCCCUCUUAUAUGGUGAAAAUAACAAGGAAAGCAGCCGAGACCAAAAACUUCAUGAAAUAUAACAGCCUGUUGUAUCCAGUGGCUUUCCGCGAAAUGAUUGUGUUUCCAGGAUACUCCCACGGCGGUUGGGGCCAGCUUUUUCCUCCUGUUCAAUUCAUGGGCGGGAAAAGGAAACAAUGGGUGUGAGUUCUUUCACUUUCACAAUUGCCCAAAACUGGAACUGCUGCUGUCUCUUGAGCUUUUUCCUUCCCUGCCAUCGCUGCCCAGUAUCAGCUGAGGGAUCAUGGCAGACAAGAAGUUGGGAGAAGUGCGCGCAGAGUUUAUAAAGCGUGUUAACAAAUCUAUCAUCAGCCAACUCUUGGAUGAUCUGCUCUGUAAGGGAAUCAUGGACGAUGAAGAGGUGGAAGGAGUGAAUGUGAACGAUAAGACACAGGACCAAGCAAGAAUUUUGAUUGAUAAUGUGAGAAAAAAGGGGCCUGACGCUAGCCGCCUCUUUAUCGACUCCAUCCUGGCCCGAAAUACUUUCUUAGCUGAACAACUGGAUCUCCAAACCUUUCCUGCUGUUGGCCAGCCAAAAAAAGGUAACAUCUCAGAGGAAGAGGUCCAGUUACUGGAAUCUAAAAAUGGGAUCAGGCUUUGUCCUCAGAAUGUAUUUCAGCAAAUACAGACUAGUGAAGGCACCGAGAUCUACCCUAUCAAUGAUCGCAAGACUCGUACGCGCCUGGCCUUAAUAAUCUGCAACAUCAGAUUUGAUUACUUGAGUGAUAGAAAGGGGGCUGACGUAGACUUGGAACAGAUGACGCUUCUCCUAGACGAUCUGGGAUACAAUGUGGAAACAGAGACCAAUUUAAGCUCACAGGGUAUAACCACUUGCUUGAAGAAUUUUGCAGCUCGGGAAGAGCACAAGACUUCAGAUGGGAUGUAUGUGGUAUUGAUGUCUCAUGGCUAUCAGGACAAUCUUUAUGGAGUCCAUUCAAAAGACAAACACACUGACAUCUUCUCCAUCAAGACUGUCUUCUCCACCUUCAACAACAUAAAUUGCCCAGCUUUGAGGGGAAAGCCCAAGGUGGUCAUUAUUCAAGCAUGUCGUGGUGACCAACGAGGGUAUAUGGUGGAAAAUGUGGAAGACUCAGCUGCAUCUACUGCUGCCUCUCUCCAGUCUGAUUCACACGACAUCAAGCAAUUGCAAACUGAUGCCGUUCAGAGAGUACAUGUGGAGAGUGACUUCAUCUGCCUAUAUUCCACCACCCCUGAUCAUGUAUCCUGGAGACACCCUGAAACUGGAUCACUCUUCAUCAACCAGCUAAUAGAUACUAUCAAGAAACAUGCCUGGAAUUGCAAUUUGGAAGAGGUCUUCCGGAAGGUGAUGGACCAUUUUGCAAGCAACCCAUGUCAGAUGCCCUCAAAGGACAGAACCACCUUGACCAAAAAGUUCUACCUCUUCCCGGGACAUUGAAGCCAGAUGGAGAAACUACUGGACCCAAAAGCAGAUAAUUUUUUCAGCUAUAUGGAAGAAAUACGGAUUGACCACACCUUGUCCUUUCUUCACCUUAUUCCUCAUUCUAAACUUCAAUCAACCCAUUUUUGGAAUUUUAUGUGAUUUGUGUCUUUAAAAUUAAUGGAGUUAGCCAAUAUACACAUAUGCACAUAUAGAGAGAAAGACCGCACAUAAAGCAUGGAUGAAAAGAGUAUGGGAGACUGAAAUUCCCAUAGAAGAUAGGAACUGCCUUUCCUUCCAAAGAACACCAAAGGAAAGACAAACUCCACAAGCAUGAGAUUUAUGAAAAUAGUUAAUAUGGCUCUGCACUACAUCCUACAACAUCUUGAGUCUCCAAAGACCUAUGCAAGGGUCCCAAGGAGCUGCUGAUUCAGUUCUACAGAGGAAUUAUUGAAUCUGUCAUUUGCACUUCUAUAACUGUCUGGUUCGGUUCUGCAACCCAACAAGAAAGACACAGACUUCAGAGGAUAAUUAGAACUGCAGAAAAAAUAAUUGCUACCAACCUGCCUUCCAUUGUGGACCUAUAUACUGCACGAAUCAAGAAGAGGGCCGUGAAAAUAUUUACAGAUCCCUCACAUCCAGGACAUAAACUGUUUCAACUCCUACCCUCAAAACGACGCUAUAGAGCACUGCACACCAGAACAACUAGACACAAGAACAGUUUUUUCCCCGAAGGCCAUCACUCUGCUAAACAAAUAAUUCCCUCAACACUGUCAAACUAUUUACUAAAUCUGCACUACUAUUAAUCUUCUCUUCGUUCUCAUCACCAAUCUCUUUCCACUUAUAACUGUAUGACUGUAACUUUGUUGCUGGCAAUCCUUAUGAUUUAUAUUGAUAUAAAUAUAUUGAUAUAUUGACAUAUGAUUUAUAUUGAUAUUGAUAUAUUGAUAUAUUGACCAUCAUUUGUGCUGUAAAUGUUGUACCUUGAUGAACGUAUCUUUUCUUUUAUGUACACAGAGCAUAUGCACCAAGACAAAUUCCUUGUGUGCAUUAAAAUAUCAACAAUCACACUUGGCCAAUAAAAAAUUCUAUUCUAUUCUAUUCUAUUCUAUUCUAUAAGCCAGAUCAGUUAUUUACAUGUAAAAAAGUCCAGUCAACCCCUUGUGCUUGUGAACUACUCAGUACAGUACAGAGCAGAUACCUUCACCUCUGAAGAACUGGACAGAAGUAGUAAUAUAGAAAUAUCAGGAUACAGUACCAGAAAAUGAGCAACCAUUUACUCAUAAAAUCAUGUCUUGAUAUGUCACACUAAACUGAAAUAAUUAAGUCUAUAGUCCUGAUAUGCUGCCUCAAUGUGUGGGGGAGGUAUUCUUGGGGAAACACCAAGAGUGUAUUACCCUAUUUUGGAUACAUUGGAUACAUUAUGCAAAAAUCUAGUUCUCUGGAGAAGGUGCUAAUGCUAGGAAAGGUAGAGAAAGGAAAGAGGAUAACCAGGAGCAAGUUGAAUGGAUUAUAUACAGCACAUUGAGUUUGAAGAAAAUCACCAUGGGGAAAAAAGUUGCUAAAAGUCAACUCUUAACAUGAUGGCACAUAACGAAAUCAAAUGUAUAGAUGCAAUAGAUAGUUUUGGGAGCAAAAUUAGUGUUAUCAAAAUGAAUAUUACAAUUUGAUUGAUGUACAUUUUACAAAUAUUUUAUUGAUGAUUUCCUUUAGGUAUAUUUUACACAGAUGUAUAAAUGAAUGGGAAGGAAACAAAACUGUAUUUAUACAAUAAAUGUGUAAUUUAGAAAAUUUCUACCCCAUCCUUCAGAUUCCCGAAGAGUUCCACUGUAAAGGAAACCAAAUGUACAGUACACGUGAUGCAAAGCAAAUACACAAUUUAAAUUAGUGCAAGAGCAGUAAAGAACUGGAGAUUCUUCUAGAUAGAGAUCUUUUCAUGCUUUUAAUUAAAAUUCUAUGUAGGUUGGCUGGUCUUAUAACAGAAAAAGGACUGAAGGAACAGUUAAGCUGAGAUGGAGCUAUGAAUAAUCAUAAGAGCAGUAUAUUUUUAUUACAUUUCUGAUUUAUUAUAUUUCUCUGGACAGAUUAUACAGAAAAUUAAAAUAUCAACAAAUUUUAAUGUUAUUAUUAAGAGUAAAAUAUCGGGUUACAAAUGGAAGAUGAUUGUACUAAAAAAAUUCCUCAAGAGUUUCAUGAAAAGUUGAUUUAUCAAAAAUUAUAUUUAGUGUAUUUUUAGACCUCAGAAUAUGUAUCUGAAAGUCUGCAUACCUUUUUUAUGUUGAAGGUAUAAAAAAUUGAGAAGUAUCUGAUGUGAUAAUGUGAUCAUUCAGCAUAUAUUGGGAUGCUGCAUGAAUGUAUAUUACCUGAUGUAUGGAGAAAUCGUUGAAUGUUAAAGAUG